GAAGUUCAACUACCAACACCUGUUGAAGAAAAUGAAGAUUUACAAGAUGAAGUUGAUGUUACGAAUCAAUUAAAUUCAGUUACCAGCAAAAAUAUUGUUGUUGUUGAUCCAUUAUUUGAUAAUCCGAAAAAUAGUACUAUUUCAAAGUCGCUUAUUGACUUAUCGUUCUCAUCCCACGUUAUUGAUAAUCCGUCAUCUGAUGAUUUAUUGUCGAAUAAUUUAAUGUCGUUUGAUUCACCAACUACUGCUUCUUUUCCACCACGAUUGCCAUCUAGCCCAAUAUUUAAUUUAAAUAUCGAUUCAUUAAUUCCACCUAAUUUACCGGUUGAAACUAAUCCAAAAACAAGUGCUGAAAUGCUCCUCGACGAUCUAGUUGUUUUUAUUGAUCCGCUUUCUUCGGUUGUUGUCCCGUCAAAUGUUAUUCCUGAACUUCAAUCAAAACCAUCAAUUCCAUUUCAUCUAUCCGUAAUACCAGUCAAUCAUUAA